AGAAAACACAGAAAGAACUUCCAAUUUAUUAACCACCACCCACUUAUAGAAAAAAAUAUAUAAUAUUGCCAAUAUUUUCAUUUUCUAUAUUGUCAUAGUUGCAUUUUGAUCCAUCCCACUAAUUUAACAUUGUUUGAUUAUUAUUAUUUUGUUAAGUUUUUUUGUUGCAUAUUAUUACAUGCCAGAGUUAAUCCCCAGAAUUCAUGCUGAGAAUUGAAGGAAAUGGCAGAAUCAGAUCAUCAGAAGUUGAAAGUGAACAAAAGCCUCCAAAUGAGCAUGGACAAAAUCAAACACUUGCCUGUUUUGUGUUGGAAGACCUCCAAGAAAGUGGGAGCUGAAGAUCCCAGAAGAAUUGUCCACUCUCUCAAAGUUGGUCUCUCCCUCACUCUGGUCUCUCUCUUGUACCUGGUGGAGCCAUUGUUCAAAGGCAUUGGAACCAAUGCCAUAUGGGCCGUCAUGACCGUCGUCGUCGUUCUAGAGUUCACCGCGGGAGCGACUUUGUGCAAAGGGCUCAAUAGAGGGCUGGGGACAUUGUUGGCAGGAUCCUUGGCAUUUCUCAUUGAGGGUGUUGCCAAUAGAUCUGGAAGAGUUUUUAGAGCUUGUUUCAUUGGAGCUGCAGUUUUUCUUAUAGGAGGUGCAGCAACAUAUAUGAGAUUCUUUCCCAAAAUAAAGAAGAACUAUGAUUAUGGAGUGGUGAUAUUUCUCUUGACAUUCAAUCUGAUAACCAUAUCGAGCUAUCGCGUUGACAACGUGUUGAAAAUCGCACACGACAGAUUCUACACCAUUGCCAUUGGAUGUGGAGUCUGCCUUCUGAUGAGCCUACUGAUCUUCCCAAACUGGUCUGGAGAAGAGCUCCACAAUUCAACUGUGCUCAAGCUUGAAGGCCUUGCCAAAUCCAUUGAAGCCUGUGUAAAUGAUUACUUCUUUGAUGCUGAGAUCGACGAAAACAAAGAGAGUUGUUCAAGAGACCAAAUUUAUAAAGGCUAUAAGGCAGUUCUAGACUCAAAAUCCACAGAUGAAACUUUGGCAUUACAAGCAAGUUGGGAGCCAAGACACUCAAGUCACUGCUAUAGAAUCCCAUGGCAACAGUAUGUUAAAUUAGGCGGCGUUCUUCGGCAUUUCGGGUACACGGUCGUCGCUCUACACGGCUGUUUGCAGACCGAGAUUCAGACUCCGCGAUCGGUUAGAGUCCUGUUCAAAGAUCCUUGCAGCCGAGUAGCACGAGAAGUAUCGAAAGCAUUGAUCGAGCUCGCAAACAGCAUAAGGAACCGGCGGCAUUGCUCACCGGAGAUCCUGUCGGACCAUCUUCACGAGGCCUUACAAGACCUGAACAAGGCGAUAAAAUCACAGCCGCGACUCUUCCUAGGCUCGAACAGGAACCAAGCCAGAAACAUGCUAGCAUUGGCAGCAGCACAAGCAGGGCAAAAACAAGAGGAAAAGGAAAAGGAAAAGCGGUCCGGGGUAUCGUUGUCGAGCGUGAAAACGGACUCGUCGGCGCUGAUGGAAUGGAGGACGAAAAGAAGGGAGGCUGAGAGGAAGGUGUUGAGGCCACAGCUAAGCAAGAUAGCAAUCACAAGCCUUGAGUUCUCAGAAGCACUUCCAUUUGCUGCUUUUGCUUCUCUGCUGGUUGAGACUGUGGCAAAGCUUGACAUUCUGAUAGAUGAAGUUGAAGAGUUGGGGAGAAUUGCUUGCUUCAAAGAGUUCAAAAAUGGUGAUGAUGAACAACAUAUAACUGUCAAAUGUGAGAAGCCAAAGAUCAGUGUGUCUCAGAGUCAGCUGUCUUCAGUUAGUGCUGCAGAAUGAGGGGAUUGGUUUUGUUGCUGAAAAUGGACUUUAAGAGGAUUAUUUCGGAGGGUGUGUUUUGUUUGAUCAUAUGAUUAUGUGCAGGAAUGGGGAUUGCUUUUGGUCUUCGAAUAUUGGAAUAAACAAAAAAAGAAAAACUCAGUUCUGUUCUA